AUGGCGAGCUCAUCUGCGGGUUAUUUUCCAACUCCGCAAAAGUCCAAUUCGUUGUCGAGUCACAGUUUAUCAAAUCAUCCCUCAGCCGAAGACAGCGAUAACGGUGACCCCCAGGCUGUUCUUGCAGACGAUCCACUCGAUGAAGACGACGCGCAUAAAUUGUCAUUUAAGCGCAAACAGAAGCAGCCUGCGACCUCGAAGUUCCUAUCUGCAUUUGCCAAAUUGGGGACUGAAUCCCACUCGCGGCACAAUACACCAUCACCUAGAGGAAGCACACCAAGCCAAGGAAACGGUCGAGCAUACCCAAUAGGGAGUAGUCCACAACAUAGUCCUAAGGAUGGAGCGCCAUUAGACUGGUAUGCUGAAGGACCAGGUCGGCGCGUUGGGUACGAAGAUAUGACGGCUAUUGAUUGGAUCUUUGAAUACACGAAAGAACGACAAAGGUUACGGAUAUUAUACUCUAGAGCAACAGGAUUGAUUGGAUAUGUACAACAGCUUUUGGAUGCAAGUCAGAUAUGGAUAGUCCUUGUUUUGACAGGACUGGCGGCAGGGGCAUUUGCAGCCGGAAUAGAUAUUGCCACGGAUUUUCUGGCAGAUUUAAAGACAGGAUAUUGUCGGGCUGGAGACGAUGGAGGUCAUUUCUACCUAAACAAAUUCUUCUGCUGCUAUGGAUAUGAUAGUAUUGCGCAGUGUCGUGAUUGGGUACCGUGGAGUGUUGCGUCGCACGUUCGUUCGGCGGGGGGAAAAUGGUUCAUAGAGUAUUUCUUUUUUAUAUUGUUUUCAGUAGGUUCGACUCAUAAAUCAUCCCAGAUACGAUUACUGACGUCUAGCAGUUAUCUUUUGCUUUUAUUUCAAGUGUGUUGGUGAAGGAAUAUGCCUUAUAUGCGAAGCAUAGUGGUAUCCCUGAGAUCAAAACUAUAUUAGGAGGCUUUGUAAUUCGGCGUUUUAUGGGGAUCUGGACAUUAAUUAUUAAGUCUCUUGGACUGGUGAGGCCCGUCUGACCUACAUCUCGAUUUAAUACUGAUUUUUAUAGUGCCUAUCAGUCGCAUCUGGAAUGUGGCUCGGCAAAGAAGGUCCACUUGUACAUGUAGCAUGUUGUUGUGCCAAUGUAUUUAUGAAGCUAUUCAUCAAUAUCAACGGUAACGAAGGUAUGUGUAAUUUUUUUGAUAUUCAAAGUUUGAUCGCUGUCUAAUUUUAUUUUCAGCUCGAAAACGUGAGGUACUCUCAGCUGCCGCAGCUGCUGGUAUAUCGGUUGCCUUUGGCUCACCCAUUGGGGGUGUACUCUUUAGUCUAGAGGUACGCGCUUUCGAUGAUCAUAACGUUCAAUUACUAAAGGAGCAUAGCAACUCUCGUACUAUUUCCCCGACAAAACCAUGUGGCAAAGUUUUGUUUGUGCCAUGACAGCUGCCGUGACUUUACAGGCAUUCGAUCCUUUCAGGAGUGGAAAGCUUGUGUUGUAUCAGGUUACUUACAGUACCGGCUGGCAUGGAUUUGAGAUGAUACCUUAUGCUUUUCUAGGUAUUUUAGGGGUAAGCAUCCGUAGCGAAAGUGCUCCGCAUAUUCUAACGUGGAGUAGGGAAUUUACGGCGGUCUCUUUAUCAAAGUCAAUACAAGCAUUUUUCAAUGGAAAAAGACUGCUAAAUGGCUUCCGGGUCCAAUAACACAGGUUAUGAUUGUUGCCACUUUGACCGCCUUAAUCAACUACCCAAAUCUUUACAUGCGAACUCAAUCGUCGGAGCUAGUUUUCUCCUUAUUUGCCGAGUGUUCAAAGCUUACCGACGACCAAUUCGGAUUAUGCAAAACUGGAGCUGCUACUAUUGGAACAAUAUUUCUAUUACUAUUUGCAGCUAUACUUGGUUUCUUCUUAGCAUCGAUGACAUUCGGGCUGCAAGUUCCCGCAGGGAUCAUUUUACCUUCAAUGGCAGUUGGAGCGCUCUUUGGUCGCGCCAUAGGCAUUCUCGUAGAAAUAUGGGUUCACAAUUUUCCCAAAUUUUUUGCAUUCUCAUCUUGCGAGCCAGACAUGCCAUGCGUUACUCCUGGUACAUAUGCGAUAAUUGGAGCCGCUGCAGCAUUAGGUGGUGUAACCAGGAUGACAGUUUCAAUCGUUGUUAUUAUGUUUGAGCUUACCGGAGCUUUGACUUAUGUUUUACCAAUCAUGAUUGCUGUCAUGAUCAGCAAAUGGGUUGGAGAUGCUUUCGGGAAGCGUGGCAUUUACGAAAGUUGGAUUCAUUUGAAUGAAUAUCCAUUCUUGGAUAAUAGUGAUGAGACGCCAAUACCCGAUAUAUCAGUUCGGCAAAUCAUGACUCGAAUUGAAGAUCUUGUCGUGCUCACCGCUACCGGUCAUACAAUUGAAUCUCUAACAAAUGUUUUGGCAAGUCAUCCAUAUCGCGGCUUUCCUGUGAUCUCGGAUCCCAGGGAAGCUAUAUUGUUAGGAUAUAUAUCCCGAGCAGAACUUCAGUAUAACCUCAAGAUAUCUACCCAAGCACCUCGAUCACUCCGGCCUGAAACAGAAGCAUUCUUUUCACAUCAGCCAUUUGCGGAUCCACGAACAACACUUGAUCUCCGACCAUGGAUGGACCAAACCCCUAUUACUUUACCUUCACGAUCAAACCUUCUCAUCACGGCAAAUUAUUUCCAGAAAUUGGGUGUUCGAUAUAUUCUUUACUGCGAUCGAGGGGUAUUACAGGGACUCUUAACCAAAAAAGACAUCUGGUACAUAUUGAAUGGUGCGGAAGAGACUAGGAGAACAAAUGGACAGGAUGAUAUGAGUCUGGAGACGGGAUUUGCAAGAGAAGAAGGUAGAGGAGAGCGUAGAGGGUUAUUGCAUGGUGAUGAAGAUGAUUUGGUCCCACUUACACCUUCUCGUGAUGAUUCAUCGAUCUUAUAAUGGAUUGAUUGGUACUUUAUAUUAAUUAAAUAUUAUUUAUUUCCGACCAUGUAAUUACUUUGA